GAAGAACCAGCACCCGCCAAAUUUUCAAGACAGCUCGUGGCUUAGAGGAAGGCUCAUCUAAAUAAAGGCCGGCUAAAGUGAUAUUGCAGGGAUUUAAUCCUGCUCUGACUGCCCGUGUGACCAGAAGGCUGAUUUGAAAGUUUCUUCUUUCCUGGGGUCCAGAUCAUUAGGUCUCCAGGGCGCUGCGGCUGGAGGCAAGAGAAGCCCAAAAUGAAGGUCAGAGAUAAGCACUGGCAGCAGGGUCUUGGGGGGCCUUCCAGCGGCUUUUACAAACCAAAGCGCAAGGUUCCCUAACCAUCUAGGGAAAUAAACGAAAGCCUUUGUCCUGAGGUACAGCCACCUACCACAGAGCAUCAGAUCCCCCGCUCUGGCCAGAAAGUUCCUGGCGUCCCAUCCGGGAGGUUGCUAUGGUAACUGGACAUGUGCCCACUCCUAUAGCUAGCAACUGCACGUUCGAUGUGAGGGAAGGUGGGAAGUGAGGCGAGUGGCUUUGGGCUGGGCCGGGCCGGACAGAUUAGGCCCCGCGUUGGCUGCCUUCCUCUCCCUGGACUCACAAGGAGACUGCGAGGAGUUUCUGUCCAGUUUUUAGGACACCUCUCGCGAACCCUGGGCGCUGGCGGUCCUCAGCUCGCAUCCCCCACCCUCUGGGACGCUCCCGCCCCUCUGCAACCCGCCCUCGAUCGGUGGCUCUUCGCGGAGAUGGAGACGUGAGCCUGCGGUGGACGAUGACUGCAGUGUACGCGAAUGGAAGCGGCCUGGUGAACCCCCACUCUGCCCGGUGGGAUCGGCGCGACAGCGUAGAAAGUGGCUGUCAGGCAGAGUGCAGCAAGGAGGGUGAGGAGGAACAGCUCCACCAGCUGACACCCUUCGAGAAGCUGACACAGGACCUGUCCCAAGAUGAGAAGGUGGUGAGGGAGAUCACCUUGGGGAAACGGAUAGGCUUCUACCGAAUUCGAGGGGAAAUCGGAAGCGGAAACUUUUCCCAAGUCAAGCUCGGGAUUCACUGCCUAACCAAAGAAAAGGUGGCCAUUAAGAUCCUGGACAAGACCAAGUUAGACCAGAAAACCCAGAGGCUAUUAUCCCGUGAAAUCUCCAGCAUGGAAAAACUGCACCAUCCCAACAUCAUCCGCCUUUACGAAGUCGUGGAGACCCUAUCCAAGCUCCACUUGGUGAUGGAGUAUGCAGGGGGUGGGGAGCUCUUUGGGAAAAUUAGCACCGAAGGGAAGCUCUCCGAACCAGAAACCAAGCUCAUCUUCUCCCAGAUUGUGUCUGCAGUGAAGCACAUGCAUGAAAACCAAAUUAUUCACAGGGAUUUGAAAGCAGAAAACGUAUUCUAUACCAGUAAUACUUGUGUGAAGGUGGGCGAUUUUGGAUUCAGCACAGUAAGUAAAAAAGGUGAAAUGCUGAACACUUUCUGUGGGUCUCCUCCUUACGCUGCUCCUGAACUCUUCCGAGACGAGCACUACGUUGGCAUUUAUGUGGAUAUCUGGGCCUUGGGGGUGCUUUUGUAUUUCAUGGUGACUGGUACCAUGCCAUUUCGAGCAGAGACUGUGGCUAAACUAAAAAAGAGCAUCCUCGAGGGCACAUACAGCGUGCCUUCACACGUGUCGGAGCCCUGCCACCGACUUAUUCGAGGAGUCCUCCAGCCAACCCCCUCAGAGAGGUAUGGGAUCGAACACAUCAUGAACGAUGAGUGGAUGAAAGGAGUGCCAUAUCCCACCCCUUUGGAACCUUUCCAACUGGAUCCCAAACAUUUGUCAGAAACCAGCACCCUCAAAGAAGAAGAAAAUGAAGUCAAAAGCACUUUAGAACAUUUGGGUAUCACAGAAGAGCAUAUUCGAAAUAACCAAGGGAGAGAUGCUCGCAGCUCAAUCACAGGGGUCUAUAGGAUUAUCUUACAUCGAGUCCAGAGGAAAAAGGCCUUGGAAAGUGUCCCACUAAUGAUGUUACCAAACCCUAAAGAAAGAGACCUCAAGAAAGGGUCCCGUGUCUACAGAGGCAUAAGACACACAUCCAAAUUUUGCUCAAUUUUAUAAAUUACAUUAGACUGCUGGUAAUUAACCAAGAAUAUUGUUGCUGCUUUUAAAUUUUUUCAUGGACAAUUUGUGUGGAGACAUUUUGUAAUUUUUAAAUAAAUUUGAAUUUGAGAUAUGUAUUCUUUUCCCCCAAAA